AUGGACAAAAAAAAAUGUUAUCGAUGUGAUGGCAAGGGUAAACGUGGUCAUGAAAGCAGUAAUUGUAAGGGAUGUGACGGAACAGGCUCUAUCCAGUUUCAGUUCUGUCAUGGUAGCUAUCUUGAUCAUACGAUGAAGUGUAAUCGUUGCGAUGGUGCCGGUAAACGUGGUCAUGAAUCCGCUGAUUGCAAAGGAUGUGAUGGAAAAGGUUAUCAUAUUAAUGCUUCGAAAUGUUCUCGCUGUAACGGUGCCGGUCAAUAUGGUUACGAGUCAGGUCCUUGCAAAGAAUGUAAUGGAAAAGGUCACACUGGAUAA